GAGAGAGAAGAAGGAGGAGGUUCUGGUUUUUAUUAUCCUAUCCAAAAACUCAGCUCAGCUCAGUGUUGUUUCUUCCUUCACAAAAGGAUUUUGCAGAAGGUUUUGAGCAAUGGCGGCUCUGCAGAGCUCCUUUACUGGUCUCUCCAUCUCCUCCACCUCUUUCUUCGGCCAACGCUUCUCUCCUCCUCUCUCCCUUCCUCUGGUUAAAUCAACAGAAGGUCCAUGUUUGAUUACAGCAAAGCUUAAGCGAUGGGAGCGUAAAGAAUGUAAGCCAAACAGUCUUCCAGUACUACACAAAAUGCAUGUAAGGCUGGGUGAUACUGUAAAGGUAAUAUCCGGCCAUGACAAAGGUAAAAUCGGAGAGAUCACCGAGAUCAUCAAGCACAACAGCAAAGUAGUAGUAAAAGAGGUGAACUUGAAAACCAAGCAUGUGAAAAGUCGGAGUGAGGAGGAACCAGGCCAGAUAGUCAAGAUUGAAGCUCCUAUUCACAGCUCAAACGUGAUGCUUUACUCAAAAGAGCAGAAGGUAACCAGUCGGGUGGGCCACAAAACGUUAGACAAUGGAAAAAGAGUCCGGUACCUCAUUAAAACUGGGGAAAUCAUCGAUAGUGCAGAGAACUGGAAGAAAGCAGUCAAAGAGAAGGGGAAAACAACAGAAGCAGUAGCUGCUGCUUCCUAGGAGAUCCACUGGUCUGUAAAUUCUAGUUCGAUUUUGCUAAUUUUGAAAUAUUAUGAUUCUGUUAUCACCUUCACCUUUUUAAAUCAGUAACAGAAGAUUUUAUAUUAAAGUACAUUUUACUCAAA